AUGGAGCUGGUCGCCGCCACCGGUACCUCCGUGGCUGUGGCUGAGGCAAUGUUGAUCAUCAAGGUCUAUGCCAUAAAUCACCGCAAACGAUGGGUCCUCCUCGUUCUCCUCCUAGUGUGGUUGGGACAGUUCGGUUCUAUGGCAUACUCCGUCUCUGGUUCAGACAGUGAGUCCCCCCAAAUCCCAAAUCCCAAGUCCGCCGAUACUCACUCUCCCCGAUGGUACCAAGUCAUAGCUACAGGCCCCUCAUACUCCGCAAAUCAGUGGAUAUGCAACUUGAACACAUCUGCCGCAUCGUACGUCGUCGGGCCGGCUCAGCCUGCACCGCCCUUCUCAUCAACUUCUCAUUCACUUACUCGUACCCUCCCUCUCCGCUCCUCGUCCAGCCACUUCCAACUCGGCUUCAUAGUGCCCCUCGUGAUCUUCGACUGCACCGCCUUCACGCUCACCUUCCUCGGGCUCUCCAGCCACUCCACCCCCGGAGAGAGCAUGUUCAUCGGCGCCGCGCCCCUCCUCCCCCAGACAUCGAUCUCAGCGCACGUCCUGCGGGACGGCCUGUUCUAUUUCCUGAUCCUGUGUAUGGUAAACAUCUCGUGGGCGAUAAGCAGCAGCUUCUUGGAUCCCGAUUUUCAGAACAUCGUACAUCUACCUAGCUCUGCCUUGACAGUCGUUCUCAUGAACCGCAUGAUCCUCCACACCCGCAGCUACCUAGAGCGCACACAAGCAAACUAUUUCCAACCAAGUCGAACAUCGAGGCCAGUCUCUCUGCCGGAAUUCGCUAUUGGUAUUCACAGCCCUUCCUAUUCAUCUGGACAAAACACUAUCAAUACAAAUUCAACUUUACACGAUUGA